UCUCUUUUGGUCAUCGAGCGAGCGAGGGAGAGGUUUGUUGUUUUUUAAUUUCCUCCAUUGCCCCCGAUGACCUGAAACUCAUCACAGCCGGCGAUCUCGGUGCUGAAAGCCAUCAUGCGUGAUGUCUGAUCUAACGGUCCCCACUUCCUGAUCUCUCGUUUCUCGUCGCUGGCUCCGGCACCGAUCAUCGUCCUAAGAUCCGGCGACUGUUCUCAGCGGCAACAGAUCGGGCGACCCCAGAUCCGUCGUGGAGCAUCACGCAUUAGUAUCUCCGCCAAGCCAUUCACUCUAACAAGGAAGAAAUUUCAGGUUUGGUUCGUUUGUGUGGUGAAAUCAAAGCCUAUCUUUGAACGGUGCAAGCCAUUGAAAUUAGAUGGAAGGAGGAAUAGAAAAGUUGUUGAAGCCAGUAAGAAACUUGUGGAAUUACUGGGAUAUUCGAGUCUUUAUUCUAUGUAGCCUGUUGCUGCAAAUCCUUCUCAUCUUCUUCACGCCCCUGCGCAAACGGAAGUCAUCCAAGCUGCUGACCUUAAUCACAUGGUCCCUCUACCUUCUCGCCGAUUGGGUGGCUGAUUUCGCACUGGGCCUUCUUGCCAAUAGCCAGGGGGACGACUUGGAUUGCCCUAGCAUCAACUGCCCGCCUGGAGUCAAGAUCAUGGCCUCUUCUGGUGGGCAAAAGCAUGAUAUUGAAAAAUCCACCAACAGAAAAAUUCUUGCCUUCUGGGCUCCAUUCCUUCUUUUACACCUCGGCGGGCCGGAUACGAUCACGGCCUUCGCAAUGGAAGAUAACGAGCUAUGGCUUAGGCAUUUGCUUGGGAUGAUUUUCGAGGGCGGUGCAGCCGCUUAUGUCUUCGCGCUUUCACUUCCAGACAACAGUCUCUUAGUCCCGACUCUGUUGAUGUUUGUGGUCGGGAUUAUCAAAUACAGCGAGCGGACAUACGCACUCUAUCUUGCAAGCAUGGAUGGCUUCAGGGACUCGAUGCUUGAAAAGCCGGACCCUGGCCCGAACUACGCUAAGCUCAUGGAGGAAUACCAGUCAAAGAUAGAGGCAGGUGUCCCAGCUCAGAUCGUAAUUAGCCCAGAGCCAGAAGCCCAUGAAGUCGAGCCGCAGCGCCAGGAAUUGGACGAAGUGACUAAAGUAAGCAAGGCAUACCACUACUUCAAGACCUUCAAAGGCCUCAUUGUCGAGCUCAUGUUCAGCUUCCGUGAACGUGCAGAGAGCCGCAAUGACUUCCUGUGUAGGUCCCCGGAAGAGGCAUUCCGAGUCAUUGAGUACGAGCUCCAAUUUGUAUAUGAUGUGCUCUUCACCAAAGCUGCUGUGGUGCACAAUAUCUAUAGUUACAUCCUGCGGUUUAUCUGCUCUUGCUCGAUCAUGGCUACCUUCUUGCUAUUCUUCUUUGCCAAGAAGCGGGAGUUCCUCCCACUCGACGUUGUGAUCACCUACACAUUGUUGGUUGGUGCUAUUACCUUGGAUUUUGUGGCUUUCAUCAUGGUCAUACUCUCUGAUUGGUCUGUGGUUAAGGUCCAUAGUCUCAUGCUCAAACCCAUCGUCUCUAGUCCCAUGCUCAAACCCAUCGUCUCUAACAUCAUCACUAACAUCAUUACUAACAUCUUGCCUCAAGAUCGAUGGUCUGUAUCUAUUAAGCAGUUCAAUCUCAUAGAUAUUUGCAUCCCCCAUCAUGAAAAGUACUUUGGGCGGAUCGCUUAUCGGCCAACCAUUUAUGGCAAGUUCUCUGAGGCAUUGUACAUACAGAAGUUCUUGAGAUGUAAGAUGGCGAGCGACUUCUGGAGGGAGAUGCAAUACACUUACCGUGUGAAAGUUUCAGACAAGCUGAAGGGGUUCAUCUUCGAUGAGCUGAAGAAGAAGACUGAGAUCAUGAAAGAGCCCAAGGCAGCCCGGGGCUUAUGUUCAAGUCGAGGCAACUGGGCCCUUGAGCAGAAGGGCUACCUUAGCCAAUUUGACGAGAGCGUCGAGGUCGAGUUCGAUGAGAGCUUGCUCAGGUGGCAUAUCGCCACCACCCUUUGUUAUUACUCCAAGGAGGAGGAUGGCAAGAAGAAGAAUCCCUCCAAAGAGGGCGGCAGUACAAACAAAGGAUCCCAAGGAAAUGAGCCAGCCCCCAUCAUUGAGUCCAGGCGCGAACUCAGCAAGCUUAUAUCCGAUUACAUGAUGUAUCUCCUCAUCAUGCAACCUUCUAUGAUGUCAUCAUCGGCUGUAAUCGGGCAGAUUAGGUUUCGAGAUACCUGCGCUGAGGCGAAGAACUUCUUCCUUCGGAGGCCGUUUGAAAGGUGGGAACUGAAGUCUCUGUCUGCCUUGUUCUGCUCUCUGCAAGAUGUGGAGAAAGAAAAGCAUAAAGACCGCCAGAACGCGUGCACCGAUCUUCUAUCGGUGAAUACCGAAGCAAAGCCCAUCGAGGUAAAGGGAGAUCGGAGCAAAUCGGUAUUGUUCGACGCAUGCAUUCUCGCCAAGAAGCUGAAGGAUGAACUGAAGGUUGGCCAGAGAUGGGCCCUGAUCAGCGAAGUGUGGGUUGAGAUGCUAUCCUAUGCUGCUUGUAAAUGCAGCGGGAUAGCCCAUGCCCAACGGCUGAGUAAAGGCGGUGAGCUUCUCACCUUCGUUUGGUAUCUAAUGGUUCACCUUGGCUUAGGAGAACAGUACCGCAUUGAGGCGGGCGAUGCUAGGGCCAAACUAAUUGUAGGAAAGUGAUUGAGGCUUAAAUUGUAUUUGCUACACCUUCAUAUAGGAAGUACUUGUUUGAGUCAAUUGAGUAAGUUUAGACGUAUUUACUAAUUUUUAGUAAGUCCACUGUCUGGGAGAAAGUUCCCUGUUUAAGAGAAGUUUCCUAUUUUAGAUAA